AUGGCAAACAGCAGCCGCAGCGAAAGCCCCGGCAGCGUUGCCGGUGCCGCUCCGGGGCCUGCAUACCGACCGAUACGACGCAUCAACCAGGCAUGCAUCGCAUGCAGAAGGAAGAAGUCUCGGUGCACAGGUGGUCACCCAUGCCGAAGUUGUAGACGACUGUCAGAACCGUGCCAAUAUCCUGGCCCGGGCGCCCCUCGAGUGCGGAUAUCGUCGCGCGUACCAAACGAUCCCUCGUCACAGAUUUCCGACACAUCAGAACGCCCUCUCGCUGUCGCCGACAGACUGAGCGUGCUCGAGUCAGCACUGGAUGGCAUAUCUCAGCAACUUGGCCAGUUGACAGAGCUCACCAGGCAGAUAUGUGCUUCUGGUGGCGUAGGCUUCUCGGUCGCAAGCGGACCCAUCGUCACUGCGGGUGCCAUGAGCGAGAGGAGCCUCGAUCACUCGUCGCCUGGGUCAGAAUUCACGAGGACCAUCGCGGCGAGACAUGCUGAAUAUGGCAGUUUUAACGAUCCCUUCCACCCGCAGCAUUGGACCGUCAAGAUGAAACAUCUCAUACCCGACAUCGUUAUGAGGGCAGUCUUUCGGAAUUACUUUCAAUACGCACAUAACCAGCCGUAUUCGUUCUUUCAUGAGAGCAAAUUCUGGGAAAAGCUUGACGGAGGCAGUUGGCCUGACCACCUGCUCCUCGCCGUGCUUGCCCACGCCCUGAGAUUCUCGGAGGAUCAAUUCUUCAGGGGUCGUACCAAGCAAAUGGCUAAACUUUUCGCGAAUAUGUCAUGGAAGGCAAUUGUCAAUCUCUACUUCCAUGAGCGAGGGGACGCAGAUCUUGCCACCGUCCAGACAAUCACGUUAUUGUCCAUCUAUGACUUUACUGCUGGUCAUGAUCGGCAUGACUCGGCCUGGGUGAAAAUUGGGCUCGCUGUCCGCAUGGCUCAAGACCUCCGCCUCAUGAUGGAUGACCAAACAACCCUCGAUAACGCGGAGAAGGAGGAGAGACGGCGCAGCAAGACCGCCAGCGGUUCUUGA